AUGCUUGAGGAAGUCGCGGCCAGGCGGCUGGCGGAAUGCCAUGAUGAAGUUGACCGUCUACUGGACCAUUUGCUCGACUUACACGGGGUACCAGGGCCGUCUGGCCUGGCCGGAGACCGAACGGUGCCACAGAUAGAAGAGCUUGCGCGGACGGGACUCUGCUCAGCGCCAUCUGCUGGUGAUUCCGGUGCGCCCCCUUUCCCACAAACCUCCCGAUCUCCGGGAACCUUACCCAUCCUUACCUGA